AUAUUCUGAAUCUGAACAACCAUUCAAUUUUGCAAGAGACAAAGAGAGCUUAUCUCUCUCUCUCUCCAUAUAUAUAUAUAUCACUUCACAAUCACAUAUAACAUCAUCAUACUCUUCUAUAUACUAUGGUAGCUCUUACUUCAAUUCAGCUUUCUCAUUGCCCCUUCCCAUGUGACAAUUUUCCGAAUACCCAUUUAAGAAAAACCUUUCUUUCUACUCAAAACCUCAGAAAACCAGCUUCUUACACCCCUCCCAGGGCCUCCAUUUCAUUAGAGUCGAAAUCCAUUGAUGGUACCAAAGGUUCUCUAGCUUUUCUUGCUCCUCUUGAAGCCAUUCUAUUUGAUAUCGACGGAACUUUGUGUGACUCGGAUCCUCAACAUUAUGAUGCUUUUCGUCUAAUGCUUCAAGAGAUAGGGUUCAAUGGUGGAAUUCCCAUCACUGAAGAAUUCUUCAUCAAAAAUAUUAGUGGGAAGCAUAAUGACGAGCUCUGUGAAGUCCUCCUUCCUGAUUGGGAUUUCCAAAGAGCAAGCACAUUUAUGGAGGAAAAGGAAGGCUUGUUCCGAAGAUUGGCUGCUGAGCAAUUAAAACCAGUGAAGGGCUUACAAAACUUGUGCAAAUGGAUAGAUGAUCGCAGCUUAAGGCGAGCUGCAGUGACGAAUGCUCCUAGACAAAACGUCGAUCUCAUAAUCUCAAUGCUGGACCUUGCAAGUUUCUUCGAAAUCAUUGUCCUUGGAAACGAAUGCGAACGAGCAAAACCAUUCCCGGAUCCAUAUUUGAAGGGUCUCCAAGCACUUGGAGUGUCACAUAAGCAUACUAUGGUGUUUGAGGACUCUGUUUCAGGAGUGAAAGCUGGUGUAGCAGCUGGGAUGCCAGUAGUGGGUUUAGGCACCAGAAACCCUGAAAAGUUACUACUAGAUGCUGGAGCCUCCUUUGUUAUCAAAGAUUUUGAUGACCCAAAAUUAUGGACUGCUUUGGAAGACUUUUGAGAGAGAACAUUUACAAUGGAAGCAUAUCAGGUGGAUUGUACAAGGAAAAUCUUCCCAUGAUUCUUUUGUUACAGAUUGUUUGAGUACUCUAAUGAAAAUAAUCAGUAUAAAAGUAGAGAUAUCACAUGGUUUAUGAUUCUAAGAAAGUCAUUAUUAAGAUUUGAUCCAAAUUUACAAUGUUAAACUGUCUUUUCUUUAAUAUUAUAUACAAUCCAUUAUUUGUAAA